AGUGCGACACAAAAGGGCGUCGCGUGUCGUGUUGGUUUCCGGUGCUCUUAAAAACAUCAAAACAGCGACUAAUUUUGUUUGUAGUUAAAUAACAAAUAAACAUGGAGAUACUUGGAAAUGAGUUUGCUGGCAUGACUCCUCAACAGCUGGUAGCACCUGUAAACUCAGUGACGGUAAGAAAAUGGAAACUGUUACCAGCAUUCUUGAAGGUGAAGGGACUUGUGAAGCAACACAUUGACUCUUUUAACUAUUUCAUCAAUGUGGAGAUAAAAAAGAUUAUGAAGGCAAAUGAAAAGAUAACAAGUGAUGCUGAUCCGAUGUGGUACCUGAAAUAUCUCGAUAUCAACAUUGGUAUGCCUGAUGUUGAAGAGAGUUUUAAUGUGACAAGACCCGUCUCUCCUCAUGAGUGCCGUCUUAGGGACAUGACUUACUCAGCAACCAUCACAGUUGACAUAGAGUACACUCGAGGCAGCCAGAGAAUCAUCCGGAAUGCAUUGCCCAUUGGAAGGAUGCCAAUCAUGCUGCGAAGUUCAAACUGUGUUCUCACUGGAAAGACACCCAUGGAGUUUUCAAAACUCAAUGAAUGUCCCUUAGAUCCAGGGGGAUAUUUCAUUGUAAAAGGUCAGGAGAAGGUUAUUCUGAUCCAAGAACAGCUGUCCAAAAAUCGUAUAAUUGUGGAACAGGACAGGAAAGGUGCAGUUGGAGCCUCAGUUACCAGUUCUACUCAUGAGAAGAAAAGCAGGACAAAUAUUAUUGUAAAGCAGGGUCGAUUCUACCUGAGACACAACACGCUGUCGGAUGAUGCCCCCAUCGCCAUUAUAUUUAAGGGCAUGGGCGUAGAGAGUGACCAAGAGAUAGUGCAGAUGAUUGGCACAGAAGAGCAGGUCAUGGCCAGCUUUGCCCCCAGCCUGGAGGAGUGCCAGAAAGCCCAGAUCUUCACACAGACUCAGGCUCUGAGGUAUCUUGGGAAUAAAGUGCGGAGGCAACGAAUGUGGGGAGGCCCAAAGAAGACCAAAAUGGAGGAGGCCAGAGAGCUUUUGGCUUCACUUAUCCUGUCACAUGUGCCCGUCAAAGAGUUUAACUUCAGGGCCAAGUGUAUUUACCUGGCUGUGAUGGUGCGGCGGGUGAUCCUAGCUCAAGGAGACAACAAGGUGGACGACAGAGACUACUAUGGCAAUAAACGUCUUGAGUUGGCCGGGCAGCUUUUGUCUCUACUGUUUGAAGAUCUGUUUAAGAAGUUCAAUUCUGAACUGAAAAAAAUUGCUGACCAGAUCAUCCCGAAGCAGAGGGCGGCUCAGUUUGAUGUGGUGAAGCACAUGAGACAGGACCAGAUCACAAAUGGCAUGGUCAACGCCAUAUCCACAGGAAACUGGUCGUUGAAGAGAUUCAAGAUGGACCGUCAGGGUGUCACCCAGGUUCUGUCCCGUCUCUCCUAUAUUUCUGCUCUUGGCAUGAUGACCAGGAUCUCUUCCCAGUUUGAGAAGACCAGGAAGGUCAGCGGGCCACGUUCCUUGCAGCCUUCACAGUGGGGCAUGCUGUGUCCCUCUGACACCCCUGAAGGAGAGGCCUGUGGUCUAGUGAAGAACUUGGCACUGAUGACUCACAUCACCACAGACAUGGAGGAUGGGCCGAUUGUCAAACUCGCCUUCAACCUGGGGGUAGAAGACGUGAAUCUUCUUUGUGGAGAGGAGCUCUCUUACCCAACUGUGUUUCUCGUCUUCCUCAAUGGUAACAUUCUUGGUGUGAUUCGAGAUCACCAGAAGCUGGUCAGCACAUUCAGGUUGAUGCGUCGGGCGGGUUUCAUCAAUGAGUUUGUGUCCAUCUCAACUAAUAUGACUGACCGUUGCAUCUACAUCUCAUCUGAUGGAGGGCGCCUCUGCAGGCCAUACAUCAUAGUGAAGAGGGCGCUGCCGAUGGUGAAAAAUAAACACAUUGAAGAUCUCUCACAGGGCUACAGGACCUUUGAGGAUUUCCUGCACGAGGGCUUGGUGGAAUAUCUGGACGUCAAUGAGGAGAAUGACUGUCAGAUCGCACUCUAUGAACACAUGAUUAACAAAGAGACAACGCACUUAGAGAUCGAGCCCUUCACACUGCUUGGAGUUUGUGCCGGUCUCAUUCCUUACCCCCACCAUAAUCAGUCGCCCAGGAAUACAUACCAGUGCGCUAUGGGCAAGCAAGCGAUGGGUACUAUUGGCUACAACCAGCGAAACCGUAUAGAUACUCUGAUGUACCUGCUGGUGUACCCUCAGAGGCCCAUGGUCAAAACAAAAACCAUUGAGCUUAUUGACUUUGAGAAGCUGCCAGCUGGUCAGAAUGCUACUGUUGCUGUGAUGAGCUACAGCGGCUACGAUAUUGAGGAUGCGCUAGUUCUCAACAAAGCCUCACUCGACAGAGGAUUUGGCAGGUGUCUUGUCUAUAAAAAUGCCAAGUGUACCCUGAGGCGUUACACCAACCAGACGUUUGAUAAAGUGAUGGGACCCAUGCUCGAUGCUGCCACCCGAAAGCCUAUCUGGAGGCACAGCAUCCUUGAUGCUGAUGGAAUCUGCUCACCAGGUGAGAGAGUGGAGAACAAACAGGUGUUGGUCAACAAGUCCAUGCCAACUGUGACUCAGACACCACUGGAGGGCAGUACCCAGCCAGGCCAGCCCCAGUACAGAGAGGUGCCCAUCAGCUAUAAAGGGUCAACAGACUCCUACAUUGAGAAAGUCAUGAUUUCAUCCAACGCUGAAGACGCUUUCCUCAUCAAGAUCCUCCUGCGACAAACCAGGAGGCCUGAGAUUGGAGACAAGUUCAGCAGUCGACACGGACAGAAAGGUGUUUGUGGCCUCAUCGUCCCUCAGGAGGACAUGCCUUUUUGUGACUCGGGCAUCUGCCCAGAUAUCAUUAUGAACCCUCAUGGAUAUCCCUCCAGAAUGACAGUGGGGAAGUUGAUUGAGCUUCUGGCAGGGAAGGCAGGUGUCCUGGACGGGCGGUUUCACUACGGUACAGCAUUCGGCGGCAGCAAAGUCAAGGAUGUCUGUGAGGAUCUUAUCCGUUAUGGCUACAACUACCAGGGAAAGGACUACGUCACCUCAGGGAUCACUGGAGAACCACUGGAAGCUUACAUCUACUUUGGGCCGGUGUAUUAUCAGAAACUGAAGCACAUGGUCUUGGACAAAAUGCACGCCAGAGCCAGAGGCCCCAGGGCUGUUCUUACCAGACAGCCAACCGAGGGCCGAUCCAGAGAUGGAGGUCUGCGUCUGGGUGAGAUGGAGCGUGACUGUCUGAUAGGAUACGGUGCAAGUAUGUUACUGCUGGAGCGCCUCAUGAUUUCCAGUGAUGCCUUUGAGGUGGAUGUGUGCGGACAGUGUGGCCUGCUGGGAUAUUCUGGGUGGUGUCACUACUGUAAGUCGUCGUGCCAUGUUUCCUCGCUGCGAAUCCCCUAUGCCUGCAAACUGCUGUUCCAAGAGCUGCAGUCCAUGAACAUUGUGCCCCGACUCAAGCUGUCCCGCUACAACGAGUGAGCAGAAAGUGAAACUUUUACAGUCAAUGAUUUAUUUCAUAUAUAUGGAUCAAAUUUAGUUUUCGGAGUUUUCGAAGAUUGGCUGAAUGGUAGGCGGCUAAAACAUUUUUUCUAAAUUCAUUUUGAUAUGUUUGUUUUGUGAUUCACAAUCCAGAAUGAUGUUAAAUGUAAAACUAUGUUUACAUGUCCAUAGUUUCCUGUGACGAUUGCACUUUGGUAUGUACAUAAUAAAUCAGUCAUCUAGAUCGCAA